AUGUGGCCAGAGAGCCCACAAGGGCACAGUGCGGGCGGGCGAGGCGCCGCCGCCAGGCCCGCGCGUUGCUGGAGCGCCGUCUCGGUGAAGUCCUGCUGUGGGCUUGUCGGUCAAGGCGACGGCAAAAAUUCGAUGGUGACGAGAGAGAAUGCGAGAUCGUCCGCCUUGUUCGAUAUAUGCAAGGAAGAGAUGUCCAUGCCACGCACAAGAUUCCAGAACGCCGUCGCCGAAGCCCGCGUCCAGGCCCAGCAGGCGUACCUGGCGCGCGCUGGCGCCGUUUGUGCGCAGGCUGGGACGCCAUGCAGGGACAAUUACCAACGGUUCACCGCUACUGCGGCUCUUGGGUGA